CCCCUGUAGUAUCAGAAUCUCCAAUUCCACUCAAUUUUCAAAAACCCCCCUCUCUCUCUCUCUCUUCAGUCACUAUGAAACAGCACGCAACCGUUGCUUCCACAGCUGACACGUGUAAAACCAUCGAAAUCGCCGUCGUCGAGCGGCAGCAUCACCGUUCUCAGCCGCUACCUCCUCCGCAAUCUAUCAAGCUUUCACCGGUCCCAACCGCCGACGAUAAUCCCUAUGAUUUUGAAGUUAAUUACAGUUGUGCCGAUGAGAACGAGGAAGACUUUUUCAUUCCUCCUCUUAACUUCGCUAUGGUUGAUAAUGGCAUUUUUCGGUCUGGUUUCCCUGAUGUAGAUAACUUCUCGUUUCUUCAAACGCUUGGACUUCGUUCUAUUAUAUACCUGUGUCCAGAGCCAUAUCCAGAAGCAAACAUGGAGUUUCUCAAGGAAAAUGAUAUUCGCUUGUUUCAGUUUGGAAUUAAAAAUAGCAAAGAACCUUUUGUAAAUAUUCCAGAAGAGAAAAUUCGUGAAGCUUUGGGGGUUCUAAUUGAUGUUCGAAAUCACCCGGUGUUAAUCCACUGCAAACGUGGGAAGCACCGAACUGGUUGCCUUGUUGGAUGCUUGAGAAAAUUGCAGAAGUGGUGCCUAACUUCUGUGUUUGACGAGUACCAGCGUUUUGCUGCUGCCAAAGCAAGAGUCUCAGAUCAGAGGUUUAUGGAGCUUUUUGAUGCAUCCAGCUUCAAACAACAGUCACUGCCAUUUUCGUGUUCAAAGAGCCCUUUCACGGGAAUCUUUUAAUUUAGAAUACGUACG